CGUACGGGUUACCGGUUGCGGUGGAUGUAUUUUAAAACAAAAAUAAGUGUUUUUUUUUUUUUUUAAUUUUAACGUCAAGUAUGUACGCGAUAAUUUUCGUAUCGUAGGUCUCUUCUGUCUGCGAUUCACUAAGAACUAUACAAGACCUAGCAGCCGACGAUGGCUCCCGGCUUGUACACGGCCAGGCUGGCGGCUCGCAUUGCCCUGUCGUACGGGCCGAGUGUCAGCUACAUAAUCCUGCUACGGGUGGCGGUAUUGUUUUUCCGGCCCGACAUCGAAGACGCGGGAAACCGACUGUUUGAUCACAAGAUGUCGCAGAUUAGAGACCAGUACGAUUUCAUAGUGGUCGGAGCCGGUUCGGCGGGCGCCGUCGUCGCCAACAGACUCUCGGAAAACCCCAAAUGGACGGUGCUGCUAAUAGAAGCCGGCAUCGACGAACCGGCUUUGUCGGACAUACCGUUUCUGUAUCCGUCCCUGCAGCGCACCCCAAUCGACUGGCAAUACAAGACGGAACCCUGCGAACAGUCGUGUUUGGGCUUCAAAGGCCAAAGGUCUUCGUGGCCACGCGGCAAAGUCAUCGGCGGCAGCAGCGUGCUGAACGCCAUGUUCUACGUCAGGGGCAACAGGAAGGACUACGACGCCUGGCAAGACGCUGGCAACGACGGUUGGGGCUACGAGCAUGUGUUGCCGUACUUCAAGAAAUCCGAAGACAUGCGCAUACCGGAACUGAUGGGCUCAGAGUAUCACGGCACGGGCGGCUACUUGAGCGUGGAAUAUUACCGUUCGCAGUCGCCGAUCGUCCGGAACUUCAUGGAAGCCGCGGCGGAACUUGGCUACGACGAGACCGACAUAAACGGCGCCAAUCAAACCGGUUUUACGAAAUCUCAAGGAACCUUAAGGGACGGACUGAGGUGCAGUACGGGUAAAGCGUUUUUGAGACCGAUCAAGGAUCGCCCGAAUCUCCACAUUAGCGUACUCACGCACGCCCUGAAAGUGGCCGUAGAAGAUGGCAAAGCUACCGGCGUGCUCAUUUCGAAAUUGGGUAGCAUUCCGACCCUAGUAAAAGCGCACAAGGAAGUGAUUUUAUCGGCCGGUGCCGUUAACUCUCCGCAGCUGCUAAUGUUGUCCGGUAUAGGUCCCGCCGACAAACUGCGAAAGGCCGGCGUUAAGGUGGUCAAACAUUUGCCAGGGGUCGGCAAAAACCUUCAGGAUCACAUAGCGACGGGCGGUGUGACUUAUCUGUUCGAUUCGCCGGACUGUACAAGUCCACUAGGGAUGGGAAUCGUUUUGCCCAGGGUGUUGACGUUGAGCUCAUUCAUUCAGUUUACCCGAGACCACAUGGGUCCAUUAUACAGGAUUGCUUUAGGCGAAGCAAUGGGAUUCGUCAACACAAAAUACAACGAAGACCCGGACUGGCCGGACAUUCAACUUUUCAUGGCCACGGCGGGUGACAACACGGACGGCGGACUGCUGAACAAGCCGGACGUGGGCUUGACCGACGAUUACUACGACCAGGUGUUCGAGCCGAUCCUCUACAAGGACGCGUACACGGCCGCGCCGCUGUUGCUGAGACCGUACAGCCGGGGUCACAUAGAACUGGCCAGCGACAACCCGUACGAUCCACCGCGGAUCACGCCCAAUUACCUGAGCGACCCCAGGGACGUGCGGACCAUGGUGGAGGGCAUAAAGAUAGGGUACGCCAUGAGCAAGACGGCGGCCAUGCAACGGUUGAACGCCACCCUGCACGACAUACCCACGCCGGGCUGCGAAGAGCACGAGUUCCCGUCGGACGAGUACUGGGAAUGCCAGGCGAGACAUUACACCAUGACCAUCUACCAUCCGGUGGGUACGUGCAAGAUGGGACCGGACGACGACGAGUACGCCGUGGUCGACAGCAGACUGAAAGUCAGGCGCGUCAAAGGACUGAGGGUGGUGGAUGCGUCCAUCAUGCCGACCAUAGUGAACGGCAACACCAACGCGCCGACUAUUAUGAUCGCGGAAAAGGCGGCCGACAUGAUCAAAGAAGAUUGGUCAACGUACACGUUGACGUUCGAAGCCAAAUACGCCAAGAAAACGUACAAAAAAUGGUGGUAAACUACUUGUUCAAGUACAAUCGUUCACUGUUAGGGUUGGCAAUCGAAUAGGUGGGUACUUGUCGAGUUGAGUCGUAUACGAAGUAAAAGUAAGACCAAACAUUGUUAUUUAAAAGAACCAAUCCCGUUUUCCGCCAAAACUGUAUAUACCUAUACUUCCGGAAAUUCCUUUUUAUCCGUUGAAAACGUCUAACUAUUCAGCCAAUUAUUUAUUAGCUACUAAAAUGUAAUCUUCCGUUUCCGUUAAACGAGAUAAAAACCGUUACUUUUUAUACUAUAGUUUAAAAAAAAAAAAUUAUUUCCAAAUAUUGUUGAGUUUAAUUUUAGCGCCUGGUUUAUGAAAAUAUUCACCAUUGAAGAAAACAGGUUUAUUUCUUUUUAUUUAGAAAAUAUUUGGGUUUCAUAGGUUUUACCCUUUUUUGCCAAAACAGAAUCAUUCAUUCGCUUUUACAUGGAUUCCUUUUCACAUCUAAAAACAAUGCAGUUUUCUGAUAUUAUUUUUUAUCAAUUUAAAAUUAAAAUUUGUCAAUUAGUUGUAUACUAUUUGCUUUUUUUUAAGUCUGCCUAUCAAGUUUAAACGAAAAUGCGACUACAGUAUUUUUAUUAUAAUUUAUGCUAUUAUUUUUGUAAUGCAAUGUAUACUUUGUAUAUAUUUGCUAAUUCUAAAAAUGAAGGAGUUAAGUUUUAUUUAUUUUUAAAAUUAGGUAUUUAUUAAAAUAAAUUUGUGAUGUUUCAAAAUGUUUUUAUAUUUCAAUUAGGGUUCAGGUGGUGUUUCUUCUAAACAAUUUUUCGUGCUAAAUUAAAAGUAUGUAGGCAAAGAUAAUUAUAUUAAUGACUGAAACAAAGAUAAUUUCAUUUGCUAAACACAGCGUGAGGGGCACACUUAUGUAUGUGACACAUUUGAUGUCAGUCUUUAUUUUUCAAAUUUUACAUUGCGUGACAAUAACACAGCGCGUUGCAAAUGAGAAAAUAAAUCGUAGGUAGGUGUAUUGUAUGUAUUUGUAUAAUUUCUCUAAGGAUUCGCUGUAUUUUGUUUUUUAAAUCUUUAGACAUUAUAAUAAUAAUUAGUAAUUACUAACUGCAUUAAAAGUAUAACUUGAUAGAUAUAAAACAUAUCUAUCGAGUGAAUGAAAUUUGAAAUUAAAUGUAACAAUAGGUAUAUAGUUUUUUUACAGAAUUAAAAUACAAUUUUUUAUCGCGUUUUACUUGAUAAUUGUACGCAGUCUUAUAGAAAAACUACAAUAAUAAUAUACAAUGACUUGACAAAUCAAUCCCAUAUAGCCACAAAGGGAAUCACACGUUAUUUUGGUUUCUGGAAGAGGGAACACUAUAUACGGUUUCGGUGGAAAACGACGACGGUCGUUUCGACGUUAAGUUUGUAAACAAUUUAAUUAAUAAUUAUUUAUUUUGUAAAUAUAUAUAAUUUUAAGAUUGUUGCGUGUUAAAUUGACGAUUUCGUGUUUUCUAAUUAUUAUAAAUAUAGUUAUCAUAAUAAACGAAAGCUCGCGUUUUUGUUGGCAGACACGAAUAAUAUUAUGUAUAAUAUUAAUAUACAUACAUGCGUUCUGUAGGUAAUAAUUAUAAAAUAUCUAUCCGUCUGCGGGUUUUAACGAACGGUGUAAUUAUCGCUUUUAAAUUCUACUCUAACGGAACUGCGAUCUUGUUUGAAAAAAUGAAAAUACAUUUAAAAAAAACAAACCUCACCUAUAAGAAGGGUUUCUCUUCUAAUGGGCGGGUACAUAUUAUUUUUCUUUUGGCGCCUGUAUGCGCUAUUUUCUUUAUCGACAUAAUGACGAAAACGGGUUUGUCGCAUUAGCGUCAUCGUGGGGAGAGGGCGGUGCGGGGACGGAUAUACAGGGUGUCCCACGAACAUUUGACAAAUGAAAUAACUUUAACUAAGGUUUUACUAAUAAUUCAUUAGUACUCAUUUACGCUAUAAACGCCACAGUCCGUAUUGCUUUGGACAUCUAGUUUUGGAUAGUUACUCUUAAAGUCGUUUAAUUGUUAAGUAGUGGGUGGGAGGUGGAGUGCGGUAGAGUAAUGCGUGCAGAUAAAAAUAACUCCACUUCCUUUAAACCUUUAAUAACUUAAAAAGUAAUUAUUCUGGAUAACCGACAGUCAAAAUUAUCGGCAAAUUGUUCCUAAUAAAAUUGUCAUCUAGAAUUAAAA